UUAUGGUAAUCAAAUUAAAGUUUCAAUUUCCAAAGUUUCCAAGGGCUAAAGUAACAGCUUAUUGGCUUUAAAAUAAUCAAUGCACGUGUGGUCAACCUCUUUUGAUGUCAUGUUUCCUUUUUUAGUUUUCUUACAUUAAACUUUUAUAACUCACCCCCUACUUCCUUCCCACCCCCCUCCUCUCUCUUAUCCACUGAAGGAUACACCACCGUCUUCAUUGCACCUCUGCUCCACCUCCGUGCUGUCAUGUCGGUGUCUCUGUCCAGUAUCCCUGUCGUGCUAAAGGACAAGAGCUACCAAAGCAGCAUGCUGAAGGGUAGCCCCGCUCGGGGCUUCUACCAUGCCCCUCUCCCCGGCACCCAUCACUUCAUGGACUUCUUCCCGCAGACUCACAGCCUCCUCCAUCCGCUCAAGUCCCUCGGUCGUCUGGUGUCUGACACCCAGGCGUCCCUUCCGCUCAGCCUGCACGGCGGAGCCCCUCAGUUCCUCGGCCAGGGCGGCCACCACGCCUCGGUCCUGCACCAACACGUGUUGAGCGCCUCCGGCAUCCCCUACCUGAGCCAGAUGUUGACCGGGCACCCUCUCUACUCCAAACCAGAGGAGCUGGCUGCUGUGGUGACCGAGCACGCCGCCGGUCCGCUGUCCACAGACUUCAGCAGCCCGUCCAGUGAAAGGUCCUCCUCGGCCUCUUCCUCCGCCACCUCACCACCCAAGGAGAGUUUGUCUCGCCUCCGGGCCGCGGACCUGUCACCAGAAAAAACACGCACAUCUUAUAAUUUUAGCGAGGACGACUUGUUCGCGGUGCUGUAUGGUUAUUCUGGGAGCCACGAGCGCAGCGUGGGUCACGCUAUAUCAGGAGUGGCCUUGCCCGAAAACUCAGUUUCUGAUUCUCACAUUCUCCCACUGGACAAAGAAACACUUGAACUUCCAGAAGGUUUAACCGUCCUGCAUGCAGCUUGGGGAAACGUGUCCCAUUGUGGAGUUUUCACAGACAAAAGCAGUAUCCCUAAAGGGACACGCUUCGGCCCUUUCCAAGGAAAACUAGUCAACACCAGCGAGAUGAAGACAUACGAUGACAACACCUUGAUGUGGGAGGUGUUUGAGAACGGCCGCUUGAGUCACUUUGUGGAUGGCAGAGGAGGAUCAGGGAACUGGAUGUCCUUGGUGAAGUGUGCUCGUUUCCCAGAGGAGCAGAACCUGAUUGCUGUGCAGGUCCAGAGUCAGAUCUUCUACGAGGCCUGCAAGGAGAUCAGGCCAGGCCAGGAGUUGCUGGUGUGGUAUGGAGACUGCUACAUACAGUUCCUCGGCAUCCCACUUACCCUGAAAGACCCCAGGGAGGACAGCAGCGUGGUUCCUCCCACAGAAGAUACUGGAGAGGGCUUCAAGUGUGACAGAUGUGGGAAGGUGUUUGCAUACAAAUACUACAGAGACAAACAUCUGAAGUACACACGGUGUGUGGACCAGGGCGACAGAAAGUUCCCCUGCCACCUCUGCAACAGAUCUUUCGAGAAAAGAGACAGAUUAAGGAUCCACAUCUUACACGUUCACGAGAAACACAGGCCUCACAAGUGCUCUGUGUGUGGAAAGAGUUUCUCCCAGUCGUCCAGUCUCAACAAGCACAUGCGCGUGCACUCUGGAGAAAGGCCAUACAAGUGUGUCUAUUGUAAUAAGGCCUUCACUGCCUCCAGUAUUCUGCGCACACACAUCCGCCAGCACUCCGGGGAGCGGCCCUUCAAGUGCAAGCACUGCGGGAAGGCCUUUGCCUCCCACGCCGCCCAUGACAGCCACGUCCGGCGGACCCACGCCAAAGACAAGCCAUACACCUGCGACCUGUGCGGGGCAACUUUUCAAGAGGAGCAGGAGCUUAAAUACCACAUGAAAAGUCACAAAAGUAUACAAAUGUUUGACAGCACAGUUCUUCCGUCUUCUCCGGGGACCGGAUUACAGGCGGACUCUGUGAUUCCAGCGAAGGACAAUCCAACAUUACAGACAAAAGCCGGACAAAACUUUCCUUACACCGGGUUAACCCUUUCAAAUCAGGAAUAUCGGCCCUGGAACUAGUCUAUCUGAGCUAAACUAUACUCCUGAUACAAUCCUGACAAAGAGAACCGCUCCAAUCGUGUAAUAUUUUGGAGGAUUUUAGAUGAUAUAAAUAUCACAAGAAGACUAAAUCUAUACAGGAUUAUGGUAAUACCAUGAGAAAUAAAUAAAUAAGGCCCACGAUGAGGUAGGAGCUCGUAGUUUUUAUUUGAUUGAAUGCUGCUUAAGACAUAAAUGUUGUUCUAUAACAGGCCUAUAUAAAUAGGCUCUUCAUUAUUUAAAUUGUUGGCAAAAAUGUGUCUAAAUCUAUUUAUAUGUUAAAAUAUGUUGUGUGUUGUUUUGUGGCUUUAAGCUUUCACUCUGCAAUGGUUUUGUGAGCUCAGUGUGAUUACAUAAUAAUAACAACAUUUUUUAUUUUAUUAUUAUUAUUAUUAUUAUUAUUAUUAUUACACGUUGGGUUUUCACGCAUUAAUUAAGCUUGAAAAGCAAAGCUAUUUUUUAUCGUUGUAGAUUCGAGCCUAUUUGUGUAUAAAAUAAAUGUUAUACGCUCUCUUAA